AUGCUUAGAAACCUAAUAGCCACGGUGCAGCGACAGCAUGCUGCCCGCGUUGCGCACACGCACGUUCUAAUGGUGAACGGUUCGGUGUAUCGCCACUACGGCAAGCAGCGAGACAAGGGGGACUACCGACAGCAGCUGUCAGUGCGUGUCGGCGUGAAAGCGUUCGAGACGUUGAAGGUACAGCUAUCGGAGACGGAGUCGGUGCCACUGAACCAUGUCGCGAACGUGUCGCUCAAAAAUCCGCAGCUGGUCAUCAUUAACCUCAGCUCCUCGCCGCAACUCGUCAAACAGGCAGUGAACGCGAUAAUCGCUAGCGGCCUGAACGUGUCACCGCAACAGCAGGGAACCGUGUUGUACGCGCCAUUGCCGCGGCCGUCGCGCGAGCACCGCGAGCGCCUGGCGAAGGGCGCGAAGCUGAUCUUCAAUCAGCUGCAGAAGAACCUGCGCCACAUCCAGCACACCCACGAACUACGGUUGCGGAAACUCGAGGGAAGUGUGUCGAAGGAGAUCUACAAUGCCUUGCUGCAGGAACUACACGAUGCGGCGCACAGCCACGUAGCCGACGCUGAGAAACUCAUGAAAUCAAAGCAGAACGAGUUGCUGCAAGCAAACGACUGA